CUCACACCAUUACUUAAACAAGAGUUUGGUGUGAUGUAAUUGUUUUUUAUAAAAUGGUGUCCAAGUCACCCCUAACACCAUAAAAUGGCUCCUGUUGUCUCAUUUCCUGUCUGAACAGGAAGUGUUGGCUGAGAAAAUAAAAUAUUCUCUGCAGUUCUUUAACUAUAACCCUACUAUCUGACUCAGGAAAUAGUUUUAAUUGAAGGGAUAUUCAGCUAUCUGAAUAUUUACAUAGUUUCUUAUGAAACAUAAUAUUUGAGUUACAUUUUUGUUCAAAAUAAAAAGGGGUGGGUCUUUAGUAUAUCACCUGAGUGCUGGGUAAAUGGAAAGAACGUCAAUCAAAGGCUAAGCUUUCAGAGCUGGGAAGGAGCUCUAGAUGGCGGAUGAGCCUUGGGAAGUGGAACACGUCGAGAGUCUGCAGGCUUUUGGCUGGCUCUCUAACUUUGAUUGGCUCUUCGUGUCGCUUUUUUGACAUUUAACAAAAUAUAUACAUGUGAUCUGUAUGAAGUUAUUAAUAUUUUCCGAGUAAAUUCCGUUUAUGUCGUCGAGAACACCAGCGCUGUAGUGUGAAUGCGCGAGUCGUUGUUUUCCCUGCCUUGCUCUGGCAGCCAUGGCGCUCCUCCAUUUUUAGUGCGCUUCGCUAGUUACCUCAGAGUCUCGACCCCGCUAUUCUGAAGUCUUGUCUGGACAGUAUUAGUACAAUUCGUUUACAAAAUAGUCUAAAAUAUUUUAAACAGUGUAUUUUUGCAUUUCGGAGACGUAAAGAAUAUAACGUCGAUUUUUGCUGGCACGAAUGUAACUUAUUACAGUGGAUGGUUUAUCCUCCGGUGUCUUUGAAUGGAAAUAGGCUAAUACAGCCCACGUCUGUCGCAACGCCGAGGCUUUUGCUGUCCUUUUAGCAAAAGCAGGCUGGUGGAGCAUGUGUGAUAGUUCACCCUUCUUUCAACUUUUGACAGUAAAUACCUGGACAUAGCAUCAUCAUACCAAAACUUUUCAAGUAACAACGAUGAUGAAGAAUAAGUCUAAAAAACAGGAGGAUGAAGGAUCAACCCAAAGCAAUGCUUCCAGCAACUCUGCCUCCGAGGAGUCCAACCACUCGGCCUCGGAGUCAGGCAGCCAGUCGGAAAGUGAGCAGGGCAGUGAGCAUCGGAGUGAGCGUGGCAGCGAUCGGGCCCGCUCGCGACGCUCCGAGUCCAACAGCACCUCCGACUCAGACAGCCACUCGGCCUCCGGGAGCGAGUCCACCGGGUCCAAGUCACAGAAUGCCUCAGGGGAGGCCAAAAACAAGCCUGUACGGAAAAAAGACAAGUUGGCCGAUGUGAAAAAGAUGUGGGAGGAGCAUCCAGAUGUGUAUGGGGUCCGGAGAUCUAGCCGCAGUAGACAAGAGCCCUCACGUUUGAACAUAGGGGCAGAGGGUAGCAGUGAUUCAGAAAGUGAAGGUGUUAAAAGAAAAGGACAUCAACAGAAAAAGAAAAAAAAUUCUGAUGAUGAUGAUGAUGUGGAUGAUGAAGAUUAUGAUGAUGAUGAGGAGGAUGAGGAGGAGGCCAGCAGUACAGAAAGUGAGCAGGAAGAGAAUAAAGUUAGAUCCAGACGACUUCCUGCCCGAAGACCUCAGACCAAACCCAGCUCAGCUAAGAAACAGCAGACUCAAAAGGGACGCAAGCAAAGGAAGCAAGAAACCUCAGAUGACGACGAUGAUGAUGAUGAGGAUGAUGAGGAUGAUGAUGAUGACGAUGAGGAGGACACCCCAAAGAGACAGACCCGCAGGAGGGCAGCUACUAAAGUCAGUUAUAAGGAAGACCAAAAUGAUUUUGAGACCGACUCAGAUGACCUGAUCGAGAUGGCAGGGGAGGGGGCCGAGGAGCAGCAGGAUGACGACAGUGAGACCAUCGAGAAGGUCAUGGACACUAGAACAGGGAAGAAAGGAGCCACUGGGGCGUCCACAACUCUGUAUGCUGUAGAGGAGAAUGGGGACCCGGGGGCAGACUUUGACCCAGAGAAAGAUGAGGGGGAGACACAGUUCCUGAUCAAGUGGAAAGGCUGGUCCUACAUUCAUAAUACCUGGGAGAGUGUGGACACCCUCACCCAGCAGAAGGUCAAGGGCCUGAAGAAGCUGGAGAACUUCAAGAAGAAGAAUGAUGAGCUCCAGUAUUGGUUGAAAAAAGCUUCUCCAGAAGAUUUGGAGUACUACAACUGUCAGCAAGAGCUCACCACAGACCUAAACAAGCAGUUCCAUUUUGUGGAGAGAGUGAUUGCUGUCAAAACAGGGAAAACACAAGGACCUUCAGACUUUCCCUCGCACAAGACCACGUCCAACGAACCAGAGUACCUGUGCAAGUGGAUGGGUCUACCUUACUCUGAGUGCAGCUGGGAGGAUGGAGCCCUGGUGGGCAAGAAGUUCCAGCACUGCAUCGACAGCUUCAUCAGCAGGAACAGCUGCAAAACCAUCCCCUCCAAAGACUGCAAGGUAUUGAAGCAGAGGCCUCGUUUUGUGCCACUAAAGAAGCAGCCUUCUUACAUUGGCAGUGAGACCCUGGAGCUGAGGGACUACCAGCUGGAUGGUGUGAACUGGCUGGCGCACUCCUGGUGCAGGUGUAACAGUGUUAUAUUAGCAGACGAGAUGGGCCUGGGGAAGACCAUACAGACCAUCUCCUUCCUGUCGUACCUGUUCCACCAGCAUCAGCUCUACGGGCCCUUCCUCCUGGUGGUGCCCCUGUCCACGCUCACUUCCUGGCAGAGGGAGUUCGACACGUGGGCCCCAGACAUGAACGUGGUGGUGUACCUGGGUGACGUUAUGAGCAGGAAAUCGAUCCGUGACUAUGAGUGGAUUCACCAGCAAACAAAAAGAAUAAAGUUUAAUGCACUUUUGACAACAUAUGAAAUUCUACUGAAAGACAAGAGCAUUUUGGGGAACAUCAACUGGGCCUUCCUGGGCGUGGAUGAGGCCCACCGUCUGAAGAACGACGACUCACUGCUCUACAAAACGUUGAUCGACUUCCGCUCAAACCACCGGCUGCUCAUCACGGGCACUCCGCUCCAGAACUCCCUUAAAGAGCUGUGGUCCCUGCUGCACUUCCUCAUGCCAGACAAGCGUUGCUACUACACUCUACCUCAGCCACUUUCAGUUUCGAAACUAACAUCAUCCUCUCUUGUCGCUGAUUGGCCCUCUACCCUGGUGACUGAGGGAAACGUAAACGCAUUGUUUGAGUCCUGGGAGGAUUUCGAGGAUGAGCACGGGAAAGGGAGAGACAACGGCUACCAGAGCCUGCACAAAGUCCUGGAGCCCUUCCUGCUCAGGCGUGUCAAGAAGGAUGUGGAGAAAUCCCUCCCCGCCAAGGUGGAGCAAAUCCUCCGGGUCGACAUGUCUGCCCAACAGAAGCAGUACUAUAAGUGGAUUCUUACUAGGAACUUCAGGGCCCUCUCUAAAGGCAACAGAGGCAGCUCCUCUGGCUUCCUGAACAUCGUCAUGGAACUGAAGAAGUGCUGUAAUCAUGGUUUCCUCAUCAAGCAUCCUGACGACAUCGAGGAGGAGUCACAUGAGCAUUUGAAGAGCCUGGUGCGGGGCAGUGGGAAGCUGGUGCUGCUGGACAAGCUGCUCACACGGCUCCGAGAGAGGGGCAACCGCGUGCUCAUCUUCUCCCAGAUGGUCCGCAUGCUGGACAUCCUUGCUGACUAUCUGUCCUACAAGCACUACCAAUUCCAGCGUCUGGACGGCUCCAUAAAGGGUGAGCUUCGCAAGCAAGCACUGGACCACUUUAACGCCGAGGGCUCGGAGGACUUCUGCUUCCUGCUGUCCACGCGGGCUGGAGGCCUGGGCAUUAAUCUGGCCUCUGCCGACACCGUGGUCAUCUUCGACUCAGACUGGAACCCUCAGAAUGACCUGCAGGCUCAGGCCAGGGCUCACAGGAUUGGACAGAAGAAGCAGGUGAAUAUUUAUCGAUUGGUGACCAAGGGAACUGUGGAGGAGGACAUCAUUGAGAGGGCCAAGAAGAAGAUGGUUCUGGACCAUCUGGUCAUUCAGAGAAUGGACACCACUGGGCGCACUGUGCUGGACAACAACACCUCAGGAAAUACAAACUCGAACCCUUUCAAUAAAGAGGAGCUCACUGCCAUCCUGAAGUUCGGUGCUGAGGAACUUUUCAAGGAGGCAGAAGGAGAGGAGUCAGAGCCACAGGAAAUGGACAUUGAUGAGAUCCUGCGCUUGGCAGAGACUCGCGAGAGUGACCAGGGAUCUAGUGCUACUGACGAGCUGCUCUCUCAGUUCAAGGUGGCGAACUUCACCAUGGACGAGAACGUGCCCGAGCUGGAGGAAAGGCAGCCUCGCGACUGGGACGACAUCAUCCCUGAGGACCAGCGUCGGCGGAUCGAGGAGGAGGAGAAGCAGAAGGAGAUGGAGGACAUCUACAUGCUGCCUCGCAGCCGCAGCUCCAACAAGAGGGCACGGGCUAAUGACAGUGACAGUGACGUUGGCUCCAAACUCAAGAACCGCUCAUCUGGGUCGGACAGCGAGACGGACGACAGCGAGGACGACAAGAAGCCCAAAAGGCGUGGAAGGCCGCGGGCACGCAAGAACAAUGUGGAGGGCUUCACAGACGCUGAAAUCCGCAGGUUCAUAAAGGCUUACAAGAAGUUUGGAGCACCUUUGGAGAGGCUGGAGGCCAUUGCACGGGACUCGGAGCUGGUCGACAAGUCCAUCGCCGACCUGAAGCGCCUGGGAGAGCUGGUGCACAACAGCUGCGUGACAGCUGUCCAAGAGCAUGAGGAGCAGCUCAAAGAAAACCCUGCAGAAGCUAAGGGUCCUGGGAAAAGGCGAGGGAUCAACAUCAAGAUCUCUGGCGUGCAGGUCAACGCCAAGUCCAUCAUUCAGCACGAGGAGGAGUUUGAUCCCCUGCACAAAGUCAUCCCCUCCAACCCUGCCGAGAGGAACAAGUUCCAGCUGACGUGCAGGGUGAAGAUCCCCCACUUUGAUGUGGACUGGGAUCUCCAGGACGACACGCAGCUUUUGCUGGGCAUUUACGAGCACGGCUACGGCAACUGGGAUCAGCUCAAGACGGACCCAGACCUCAAACUGGCCGACAAGAUCCUCCCUGAUGACCCGGACAAGAAGCCCCAGGCCAAGCAGCUACAGCUGCGGGCAGACUACCUGCUGAAGAUGCUCAAGAAGGAGCAGGACAGCAAGAACCUCGCCAAGGCAGGAGAUGAGGUUGUUGUAAAGAAGAGAAAGCCUCGUGUGAAGAAGGAGAACAAGGUUCCCAAAGAUGAACUGUCCAAUGACAUCUCCUCUCCGCGUCUCUCAGACAACCCCUCUGAGGAGGGAGAGGUCAAGGAUGACACGGCUGAUAAAUCACCUGCCAAAAAGAGACAGAAGAAGAAAGACAACAAAGAGAAUAAAGAGAAGCAGGGAACUCCUAAGAAAGAGAAAGAGAAGAAGCGUACCAAGGCCAAAAAAGAAAAGGCGAAGGCAGGAGCCAAAGGGAAGAAGCCCCAGGGGCCAGUGCACAUUACAGCGGGCAGUGAUCCUGUGCCAAUCGGAGAGGAGGACGAUGAGCUGGACCAGGAAACCUUUAGCAUUUGUAAGGAGCGUAUGCGGCCAGUGAAGAAGGCUCUGAAGCAGCUGGAUAAGCCUGACGAGGGAAUGACCGUGCAGGACCAGCUUCAGCACACGCGCACCUGCCUGCUGAAGAUCGGCGAUCGCAUCACAGAGUGCCUUAAAGCCUACAAUGACCCGGAGCACGUCAAAACCUGGCGCAGGAACUUGUGGAUUUUUGUGUCCAAAUUCACGGAGUUUGGAGCCAGGAAGCUGCACAAGCUGUAUAAGAUGGCUCAGAAGAAACGCUCCCAGGAGGAGGAGAAAGAGCAUCGGAAGAAGGAGGACCCAGGCAAGAAGAGGCCCUUCAGGCCUGAGCCCUCCGGCUCCAGUCGAGACUCCACAGGCACCCAGGCCUCUCAGAAGGGCCAUCCUUCUGGGCCCCCUGGACACGGUCACCACAGAGACCCCUACGGCCAGCCCAACAAGAGACACUUCCCAGGAGAUGACCGAGGAGACUGGAAAAGGGACCGAAGCUACGGUUACCCAAGCAAUAGCAACCAGUCAUGGCAGGGGGACCGGCACCACCCCUACGACCGCUACAAGGACCAUCACUAUGGCGACCGGCGUCCCCACAGCGACUCCUACCGGAGCUCAGGGGGCUACCGCAACAGCGGCUCCCCACGGAAGAGGCCCUACGAUCAGUACGGCAAUGAUCGUGACCACAGAGGCCACCGGGACAACUACUAUGACAGACACAUGGACCCCAAGAGGAGACGACCCGAUGACUUCCGCUCCCAGAACUAUGGCAGCAGUGGAGGAGGAGGAGGUAGUGGAGGAGGAGGAGGAGGAGGUGGUGGUGGUGGUGGUGGUGGAGGCCAUGGUCCAGACUUUAGGCGGAUGCCCGAUCACAGAGGACCCCCAGGUAACCCUGGCUCCAACGCGGGGCCAGACCACCACCGGCCCUUCCACCCGGACAAACCCCCUCCCCUGCUGGAUCCGCGCUCCCCACAAGCCCAGAAGUCUCCCCACGACUCGCACUCGCCCACUGAGCGCCCCCCCAUCGAGGCCAAACCCGCGGGAGACUUCAACUGGAACAGCAGGUAGACGCCAGCUCCGGCCCUUCCUCCGACUCCUCAGGCCGAGAGGCCAGACACAGUGCCCAGGAAAAGCUACCCUCACUCUAGGGGGAAAACGGGGCAAUGGCUAGCUGCUGCUGCUGCCAAAGCUCCCGGCCUUG